AGUAGGGACAAGCGACUGCUGAGCCACCACCUCCCGUUCAGGCCUAGUGAAGAUGCUCAACUUGGAUUGGAGGGGAAGGGUCAGGAGCUGCUGGCCUUUGGGCUCAGGCCCAGGCUGCGGGCCACAGUAGCUCUUGCUCCCGUCGCUCGAGGUCCCGCCCGCUCCAGCCAUGGACGCCGGCUCCUGGGCGCUGGCCCUCCUCGGCUUCUCCGCGUCCCGGGUCCCCGGGCAGCCGCGGUCCACCUGGCUCGGCGUCGCCGCGCUGGGACUGGCCGCGGUGGCGCUGGGGACCGUGGUCUGGCGUCGCGUGCGUCCCCGGAGGCGCCGGCGGCUGCAGCAGGUGGGCACGGUGGCUCAGCUCUGGAUCUACCCCAUCAAGUCCGCAAGGGGGGUGUCGGUGAGCGAGGCGGAGUGCACCGACAUGGGGCUGCGCUGUGGCCACCUGCGCGACAGGUUUUGGCUUGUGAUCAAUGAAGAGGGGAACAUGGUCACUGCCCGGCAGGAGCCUCGUCUGGUCCUGAUUUCUCUGACCUGUGAGGACGACACCUUGACUCUCAGCGCAGCCUACACAAAGGACCUGCUGCUGCCUAUCAGCCCGCCUGCCACCAACCAACUCCUCCAGUGCAGAGUGCAUGGCAUGGAAGUGCAGGGCAGGGAUUGUGGAGAGGAUGCGGCUCAGUGGGUCAACAGCUUCUUGAAGACGCAGUCCUGUCGCCUGGUGCACUUCGAACCGCGCAUGCGCCCCAGAAGGUCUCAGCAAAUGAGGGCUGCGUUCCGGCCCACGGACCAGGUGGCUUACUCAGAUGCAAGUCCGUUCUUGGUCCUCUCUGAGGCAUCCUUGGAAGAUCUCAACUCCAGGCUGGAGAAAAGAGUGAAAGCAACAAACUUCAGGCCUAACCUUGUCAUCUCGGGAUGUGGCGUUUAUGCCGAGGAUUCUUGGAACGAGGUUCUCAUUGGAGAUGUGGAAUUGAAACGGGUGAUAGCUUGCACCCGGUGUCUUUUAACAACAGUGGAUCCGGACACUGGCAUCAUGGACAAGAAGGAGCCUCUGGAGACACUGAGGAGCUACCGCCUGUGUGACCCUUCGGAACGAGCGUUGUAUGGAAAGUUACCCCUUUUUGGACAAUAUUUUGCUCUGGAAAAUCCAGGGACAGUCAAAGUGGGAGACCCUGUGUACCUCCUGAGUCAGUGAUGGGAACUGUUCGUUCUGGAAGAAUAGGGGUCUCUUGAAAAUGUUUUGAAAACUGACAUCGCUUGACCGGUUCUUGGGCCUGUUCUCUGGAUCCCUGAGCUCCAAGUUUCUCUUUCAGAUUUCCUUCUGUUUUCGAUGUUUUCUGGGGCCUGCACACAAAGCAGGGAGAGACAGCCUUGCGAACUUAGCAGGUCCCUCUUAAGUUUCUUAAAGAAUGCAGGGGUCAUCACAUUGCCCUGUUUAUAAUUAUGGAGUAAUCCUUCUGUUUCCGCAUUCGCUUGUUAAGACAGCAAGCAGCUGCCCAUCAUCUCCCUAGCCUUCUUUUGGGAAAGAGAAGAAAAAAGGAGGAAGACUGUAAACCAGAAGAAUGUCCCAGAAUGCUUUGCUACCCCUGGACAUGGUGCAUACAAUGGAAAUGAAAUACUCUCCCAAGUAAAGCUUUUCCUCAAGGGCAGGCUUUGGAAACGGUUUAAAGGGCAAAGCCCUGAAGAUACAAAUUGUCCCAUAGAUCCUCCUGGACCAGAUGCUGUUGCUUACUGACAGGGUGAAGAUUUGAUGGAUCUAUUAACCCAAGAACACCUCUGAGGUGUCAGGGACCAAAGCCGUCUAGAACAUCCAGACUGACUCUCAGCUCUGUGAGAAACAAGAUGAUUCCACUCUUCAAGCAAAGUGUUGAUUCCACCCACAAAAGGAUUCAAGAUGGUUCCUAGCAUGUGGGGCUAGACAGUGACGCCAGGGAGGGAGAUACCUCCCCUGGGGAGUCUAAGAUGAGAUUUUCUCUUGCCCAGGAAAAUGAUGUCUCUCUUAAUAUAAAUGAAAUGGCCCCGAGGGGGUAUGGUGCCCCCUAGUGGUGGUGAAUGAUAGCUCAGCCCACCUUGAGAAAAAUUAAAAAAGAAAAUGAUAAAAGCAACC